GGAAAAGAAACUUGGAAACAAUAAACAAUAAACAAUAAAGGCUGUGGUUGAUAUCACGCGCAGCCAGUGAAUGCCUAUAAUACACUACCGGACGGUGGUGAUUCUCUUGCUUCCUCCUUCAUUUCCCACCUUCAUUCGUGUCACCAUUCACCAUUCAUAGAAGAGUUCAUAAGCGCCGUUCGCGCUCUCUAAUUUGCACUUCCUCCCAUCCUCAUCCCAUAUUUUCUCCUCUGAUUUUGGUUUUCCCUUCCAAAUAGCCUUUCCUGUACCAUUGAAUACGCCCGGGUUGGCUAGCCAUCAUGACAGCUCGAGCCUAUUUUGAACGCUAUACGCAACUGACCUCGAUAGAACAGAAGAAGGAUGAUUUAAUUGAGGAACUCAUCCAACGAGUGACUGAGCUUGAAGGUGCAUAUCAACAAGAACAGCUGGAUCAUGAACGCGCAAAGCGCUUCAAUCGUGAUAUACAACUUCAUGAGAUUGAAUUAAUGGAACAGAUAUCCAGGACUAAAGCUAUUAUGAACCGUGAACCCUUCGUAAUCGUACUUUUAGACGGAGACGGGAUAAUCUUCCAGGAGGAGUUCCUGCAGCUAGGCGAACGGGGUGGGCAGAAAGCAGCAAAGGCCCUAUAUUCUGCUAUCGAGGCCUAUAUCGCAGCCAGUUUUUCAAGUAUUGUUUCACCAAAGAUAAUGGCCAAGAUGUUUGUCAACAUGAAGGCAUUAUGUGAGAGCUGUGUUCGUGGUGGAAUCACCACAGACCCAUCCGUGCUGGACGAAUUUGCCCGAGGCUUCAAUGGGAGGUUUCCAUUGUUCGACCUCGUGGAUGUUGGAGUUGGAAAGGAUGCGGCGCAUGAUAAGAUUAAGGAGUCCUUUCACCUUUAUCUGUACAACUGCCAUUGCCACCAAAUAUUCAUGGGAUGCUCGGACGAGCCUGCAUAUACUCAAAUUUUGGAGGAUACAUUAACGGAUAUGAAGCUUUUAGGGCGCGUGUCAUUGAUUGAAGGAAUUCCGUUCGGAAGAACCCUGGACUCUCUGAAAACACACUAUAGGUCUACGAAGUUUCCUGAACUGUUUCGAGAUUCCAAAAUCAUGCCGGUCUGGGCUCCGUGGAAGGCUGCAGUCGCGACGAACCCUCGUUCCCUGCUCACCCCGUCGCCGACUCCUCUUGUAACACCGCUUUCGCGAACCUCAAGCAACACCACGGCAACAAGUAUUAGCAUUCCCAUAUCGUCGGGGUCUGCCAAUCCCUCGAGCCCUGAUGAGUUCCAAGUGGUGCGUUCCAAGUCCAACUUAACCUCGCGGUCAAAAACCGUGGAGCGGAAUAAGUACGGCCAACGUGUAGACCGACUUGAUUUUAAAACCAUUCCUCGAGAGGAAGUGAGUCGCAUGAAGAAACUGAAGCUUUGCAAUUUUCACUUCUUACAAGGCGAAUGCCCCAACGAGAACUGUCAUCACGACCAUUCGCGCAAGCUAACUAAGAAUGAAUAUUUAAUCUUAACCGCCAUCGCGCGAAUGACGCCAUGCCGUUAUGGGUUGGAAUGCAACGAUGCAGAGUGUAUGUAUGGACAUCGAUGUCCCCAAAGCGAACCAGGGAAAAAAGAAUGUUAUUGGGGCCAGAGCUGUCGGUUUGAUACCGCAGCACACGGCGUUGACACCAAUAUCGUCAAAGUGACCAAAGUUUAAUCAUUUCCCCGCCUUUUACUUUUAUAAUAAUCUCGCCAUAAGAACAUCCCUAAUCCGUUUUUUUCUGUCUUCGCUUCCGGGCUCAUAACCCUUUGGCGCUAUGGGUUUUAGGAAAAGCAGCUGCAUCAAUCCUGUCCUUUCCCCCUGUUAUUAGACAGGGCGGCCGAGAAUCGCUUCAGGGUUUGGCAAUUCUAGCUCGGGCUGUACGUUUCUUUCUCUAGUACAUUAUUCCCCUGCCUUCUUUGCAUUUAGGUUAAAAAAGAUAUGUAUCCAUUGUUGAAUUAUGACAAGAAAAUAAAGGUCAUGAUGCACCUAUUCAAUUAUACUUCAAUUGGGUGACUUUAACCAUCAUGAAUGACAGUCAU